AUGUCAGAAUCAUUCCAAAAUGUUCAUCUCUUCAUUCUUCCUGAUGGCAUUGGGAAGAAACGAUUGACAGCUCUGCACAAGUGUGCAUCCUCAGCUGGCUUCUCCCUUCAGCCUCACUUCACAAGAGAAGUGACACACCUCGUAACAGAACUGGAUUCAUUUACAAAAGUACAGUCUUCUUCAAGCAUACCUAGAGAGCAGCAUGAGCUCCUGAACCAUGUUCAAAUUGUAUCCAUCCCUUGGUUUCAUCAGUGUAUCAGAGAAAAGUCAUUGGUAUCCACUGCAAAAUUUCGCCUUGAAGUACCUGAUGAUGUACCAAGUACAAAGCGACAGAAAACCAAAGUGGUUGAAGGCUUUGACUUAACAGCCUUCAAUUCAAAUGUGGCCAAUCGGACAGCUACCAUACUUCACCUCAAUCAUCACCUUUCAACCCCCCUGGACUGUCUUGCAAGUUAUCAUGAACUGGUUGGUCUGAAUGGCAUGGGUGAUGAGAGAAGAUCACAGGCAUUUUACAAAGCCUCUGCUGCCCUUCGUUGUCUUCCGUUCAAAGUCUUUGCACCUUCCCAAGUAGAGGGUAUCAAAGACAUAGGAUCUGGUCAUUGUUUGAAGGUCAUUGAGGAGAUUCUCUCCCAUGGUACAAGUGAGGAGGUUCAGAGCAAGCUUGCUGAGAAGCGCUUUCAGGCUGUUGAGGAAUUGAGUCAUGUGUUUGGUAUUGGAGGUGCCUUGGCAAGAAAGUUUCAUGACCAGCAUGGAUGUCAGUCUGUUUCUGAUUUGAUCCAAGUUUAUAAGUCUCUGAACAUGAAAGAUGAACGUGUAAAAUAUGGUCUAGCUUUCUUUGAAGAUCUCAAAUUGCCAGUGACUAUAGAAGAAGCUAUGAGGAUUAGAGAGCUAUUAGAGUCUCUACUGGAAAAUAUUGAUCCAUGCAGCUUCUUUGAGUUGACUGGAGGCUUCAGAAGGGGGAAAGAGAUGGGACACGAUGUAGACUUCCUCAUCUCUCACCCUGAGGAAGGCCAUGAGAAGGGAGUCUUGAAGAAGCUAGUCACACAGCUCCAAGCUGGCCAUUUCAUCUUGUAUGGAAAGUUGGAAAAUGCUGAGUAUGAUUCCCAUCAGAAGCCAGCAUUAGGAGAUCAGUAUACAAUAGACCACUUUGAGCGGUGUUUCUCCAUCAUGCGUAUCCCCAAGAAUGGCAUGAAGUUUGAUGAUCCUGCUCCUCCUCAAGAUUCUAGCUUGGAUGAUCUGGUGACAUUGAGCAGGAGUAUGAGAUCAUGGAGAGCAGUAAGAGUGGACUUACAGUAUCGAGGUGCCAGACUCACCCCUAUGCGAAACCAGCCCACCUGUCCGUCGUCGGUCAUGUACUCUCAAGAAGCAGAGGUACGAAGGAACGCUCCAGCAGGAGGGAGGAGGAGGAGGUGCCCGGCCGCGUUCGAGGCGAAUCGAGAGAUGAGAACCCUGGAACUGGUCUACUGGGCGUCUGCGGCUCUCUUGGCCGUCGUGGGGAUCAUCGGUCUUGCCGUCUCCGUCGCUUUCUUCUGCCGGGUCCGACUGCCGCCCUUCGACUUCGGCGUGGUCCUGGAUGCAGGUUCCUCCAAGACGAGAACGACUCUCUUCAAGUGGGCACAGCCCAAGGACAACGGAACAGGGAAGGCCAUUCAGGUCGACACGUGCAAGGUGAACGGAGGGAUUGCCGACCAAGACCCGGAUAUCGAGAACCUUCAAAAUUACUUUCAGGACUGUGUAGGCGAUGUUCUGGAUUCGGUUUCUGAAGCCAAAGCCCCUCCAACCUUGUUCCUGGCUGCGACUGCCGGCAUGAGGUUAUUGAGGUUGGAGGACCAGGAAAAGGCAGGGCAGGUUCUCACGAACGCGCAGGCAGCGUUGGAGUCCUACCCGGUGGAGGUGAAGAACGUCCAUGAACUGGAGGGCAUAGAGGAAGGCGCUUCUGCCUGGAUCACUCUCAACUAUCUGGAGGAGAAACUUAAUUGGCCAAGCCCCAAUGCAACAGGCGAGAUUGAAACAGUAGGCUCUCUGGACCUUGGAGGAGCUUCAACCCAGAUCACGUUUGAGUCCCCGCACACACAAGUCCCCGGUUCAUAUCUUGAACUGGAAUUGUAUGGCAGAAAAUAUUACUUGUUUUCUCAUAGUUAUCUGUGCUUUGGAGCCAAUGAAGCUGUGAACAGAUUCUUUGCAGAGUUGGUCCAUGAGAGCCAAGAGAACUUGGAGAAUGACAAUGCCACUAUCUUAAAUCCAUGUGGUAAUAGGGGCAACUACAUCACCAAGACCUCAGAGCAAAUACAAUCCCCAUGUACUCUUCCCUUAAAUUUCCCUUCCAGUAAAUCAUUCAAGUUCAUUGGAACCAGUGACUUUGAAAAGUGUUCAGCCAAAGUGGCUGAUCUAUUCAAUGUGGAAGUUUGUCAAAGCAAAUACUCCAAGCUUUGCUUUGAUUCAUCCAUCAUUCCUCCUAAGGAUCAGCCAUUUGUGGGCAUAUCUGGAUUUGCAUAUGUCUUGAAUGAUCUCAAACUUCCUGAACCACUCAAUGAACUGGAUGUGAAACAACUUCUGGAAAAGAGUUGCAGGAACAGCUGGGAAGAAUUGCUUGCAAACCUGGAGCAGAUCAAUGAGAAAUUUCUGCCAGAGUUCUGUUUGCGCUCACACUAUGCAUUCUACCUGCUCACACAAGUCUAUCAGUUCACUGGCUCAAAGUGGCAUGAUGUUACCUUCAAGACCCAGGUGGAGGGAGCUGAGCUUGGGUGGUCACUUGGAUAUAUCAUCAAUGCCACUAAUGCCAUCCCUGCCAAGCCUCCAUAUCGGCUCCUGGCAGAAGAGGUCUUCUCACCUCUCGUUGUCACCUGUCUGAUUCUUCUCAUCGCCUCGACGGCUCUCGCACACGUGGCCUGGAGAUACAGACGGAGGUACCGGCUCGAGGAGAAUGCCGCCUCGCAGUCCCUCACCCAGAAGGCACAAGAAUCAUCUGUUGUGUGAUCUCAAUGAAUCAUGAGUGCCAUAUGCCAUGUGCAGUUCUGAAUGGCUGUACAUUGAAAGCAGUACAGAAUGGCAUAGUUGCCUCUCCCAACUUUAAACAACCUGACCUGUUAACAUUAAAGGGGAAGAGUCCUUGCUUGAUGUGGCAUUACCUGUUCCUUCUUAACCCAACUGGAAGUCGCAGAAGUUCAUAGUUUUUGCUGUUGUGAGCGUGAUAUUUACACUAAAGAAGUGCUUGCUGUUGCUUUUUGUUUUGGUUUUACCGGGCAGCUGAGUGAAAUAAGCCAUUAGGACUCAUACGCACUGUUUCAUGGUCUCCUCGUCCAUUGCCUUGACUAAAAUAAGAGCUUUUUUUUUAUCAGAA